AUGUCUGUCACACAAGUCCCGAUUGAACGGCCACGGCUGGCGUCUGGCCUGACAGGAUUGACGAGAAAAAACGGUGCCCAAGAUGGCGGUAGAUGUGAAGCGAAACUGAACAAAGCCAACCAGUCGUCCCGAGCUCUUGAAACUCUGCCCAACAGACCAGCUCUUCUUUCCGACCUGCGUCUGGGCGGCUUUUGGGCCUGUCUCCAAGACUGUGCCAAAGUCUGUCCAAGUCAGACGGCCGCGACACUAAUCGUCAACAUGUGGUACUCCAUCCGCCACAAGUGUUGCUGA